AUGGACCCAGCGGUCUACGCCAGCCUCAUGGCCUUUUUGAGGGUGCAUCCAUCCUGUCAGCAAGCGCCCUCGUCAGUCAUCAGGUCUCCGUUCACGCUGGCUGACCCCUUCUCAGACUCGGACCUGGAGGACCCUGAAAAGUCCCCUUUCUGGGGAACUCGCCUGGCAAUUUUCAGGGGAUCUCGUGGAGGCCAAAGAAGGCGAGGUAAUCAUGGCUCCCGUUGCCAUGGGGAGGCUCGGCCUCGGCCCCAGCCCCAGGUUCCUCGCUUCCAGCCCAAGCCAUGGUCUAGGGUCCCCAGCUUCCAGCCGGUCCAGCAGAAUCCUGUCCCUCCUGUCCUGUCGCUGACUCCUGACUCUGGUUCCAAGUCAGUGGUCCAGCCGAUCCCUACUCCUCGUUCCCUGCCGGCGGUCCGGCAGAAUCCUGUCCCUCCUGUCCAGUCGGCGGUCCAGCUGCCUCCUGACUCUGGUUCCUGGUCAGCGGUCCGGCCGAUCCCUGCUCCUCGUUUCCUGUCGGCGGCCGCUGCUCUGUGUUCUCCAGUGGUAUUGACGACUGUUCCUGACCCUCUUGUGGUGUCGGCGGCCGCUGCUCCGUGUUCCCCGGCGGCGUCAAUGACUGUUCCCGUCUUUCCUGUGUUGUCGGCGCCCGCUGCUCCGUGUUCUCCAGCGGCGUCGAUGACGGCUACUGACGUGACGUCACCGCCUCUCCUGGUUCCUGAUGUGACGUCACCACCUCUCCGGGCUCCAGCAGUGACGUCCCCUCCACUCGUGGUUCCUGCCAGGGCGCCACCCCCAUUGAUUCUUGACCUGACUCAGCCCACGUGGCUCUUGGUGUCAUUGACUCCUGGCCGCCAUAACUGCAACAGUCCACUUGUGUUCCCUUUACCACAGUCUUCCUUCCAGAGCUCUUCACAGUCCUCCAUCAGUUAUGCUGCUCACAACGCCAAGCUCAACAGGAGAGAUGGAGCAGGGGGCUGGUCUCCCAUGGUAACAGACAAGAAACCCUGGCUCCAGGUGGACCUAAGGGAACAGAAGGAGGUGACAGCAGUGGCCACGCAGGGGCGCUACAACAGCUCAGACUGGGUCAGCAGAUACUUACUGCUCCACAGUGACACAGGCCAGGCCUGGAAACGGUACAGACAGGAUGACAGUGUCUGGAGGUUCGUGGGGAACAUGAAUUCAGAGGCUGCUGUCCAGAACAAGCUGUCCCACUCAGUGAAAACCCGUUUCCUGCGCUUCGUCCCUCUGGACUGGAACCCGAGUGGCUGGCUCGGCCUGAGAGUGGAGGUGUAUGGCUGCUUCUACAAGUCAGAUGUGGCGGACUUUGAUGGCAGAAGCUCUCUACUGUACCGGUUCAACCAGAAGUCCAUGUCCACAAUGAAGGAUGUGAUCUCUUUGCGUUUCAAGAGCCGCCAGGCUGAGGGAGUUUUACUGCAUGGGGAGGGACAGAGAGGAGAUUACAUCACCCUGGAGCUUCACCGAGGAAGACUGGCCCUCUACCUCAACCUAGACGACACCAGGCUGAGGUUCAGCAGCAGUCGUGUUGCUGUCACAGUGGGCAGUCUGCUGGACGACCAACACUGGCACUCUGUCGUCAUUGAGCGCUUCAACAAACAGGUGAACCUCACAAUGGACUCCCACACGCAGCAUUUCCAAACCAAAGGGGAGGGAGACUCACUGGAGGUCGACUAUGAGCUGAGUUUUGGCGGCAUUCCGCUGCCCGGCAAACCUGGAACCUUUCUCAGGAAGAACUUCCACGGCUGCAUUGAAAACCUAUACUACAACGGUAUCAACAUCAUUGACCUGGCAAAGAGACGCAAGCCACAGAUUUACACAGUGGGAAAUGUGACCUUCUCGUGCUCCUGGCCCCACCUGCCUGCCUGCACCUUCCUGAGUUCCAGCAGCAGCUUCCUGUUGCUCCCAGCGGCUGCACCAUCUGGCCUGAUGGCAGGCUUCUCUGUGUGUUUCCAGUUCAGGACAUGGAACUCUGAAGGGCUGCUGCUCUCUGUGCAACUCAGCCGAGAGUCCUGGAGACUGGAUCUGCAUAUCAGCAGCAGCCAGCUCCUCCUGACCCUCCACAGUUCAGGACAGCAGAGAUCAGAGGCCUUGGCAGGUUACAGAGUCAAUGAUGGACUGUGGCACUCUGUCAAUCUGGACACCAGAGGUCUACAGAUCACUCUGAUCCUGGACAGUGAGCCGGCCACCACCAUUGAGAAGUGGGAACAACUGGAGGCCAUAGGCAACUUCUACUUUGGAGGCUGUCCCCCAGCGGCCUGUCAGAACCUGACUCUGGCCUUUCAGGGCUGCAUACGCCUUAUAUCCAUCAACGGUCAGCAGGUCAACCUCAAUCAUGUCCAACAGCGACUGCUGGGAAUUUACAAUGGACUCCAGUUUGAUACCUGCAACAUAAGAGACAGGUGUCUUCCUAACCUGUGUGAACAUGGAGGGCAGUGUGGGCAGUCCUGGAGCUCCUUCUCCUGCGACUGCUCUGGGACUGAUUACUCUGGAGCUACGUGUCAUAACUCCAUCUAUGAGACGUCCUGCACGGCUUACAAGCUGAUCGGCAGCUCCUCUGGCCUUUACACCAUUGAUCCAGAUGGGAGUGGCCCCCUGGGGCCCACCGAGGUCUACUGCAAUAUGACAGAGGAGCGGGUGUGGACAGUGAUGACCCACAACGUCACAGCUCCAGUCAGAGUCCAGGGCUCAUCUCUGCAGCAUCCUCAUAUCAUGAAGUUAAAAUACAGUGCCUCGGCCGAACAAAUGCGCUCCAUCAUAAUGGCCUCAGAGCAGUGCCAACAGGAAGUGGUUUACAGCUGCAAGAAGUCCCGCCUCUUCAACACCAAAGACGGACACCCUUUGUCCUGGUGGUUGGACCAGAGAGGAGAUAGGCGGAGCUACUGGGGAGGCUUCCUGCCUGGAGUCCAGCAGUGCUCCUGCAGCCUGGAGGAGAACUGCAUCGACAUGAACUACUUCUGCAACUGCGAUGCUGACAAAGCCUCGUGGGCCAAUGACUCAGGCGUCCUAUCCUAUAAAGAGCACCUGCCAGUGAGCCAUGUGGUGAUCGGAGACACCAACAGAACGGGCUCGGAGGCCAUCUACCAAAUCGGACCUCUUCGUUGUUAUGGAGACAAGUCCAUUUGGAAUGCAGUCUCCUUCUACCAGGAGUCCUCCUCCCUCCUCUUCCCCACCCUACAAGGCGAGCUCACCUGCGACAUCUCCUUCUACUUCAAAACUAGUGUUCGAUCAGGAGUCCUUCUGGAGAACCUGGGCCAUAAAGACUUCAUUCGAGUGGAGCUCAGCUCUCCCUCAGUGGUGACUUUCUCCUUUGAUGUUGGAAAUGGUCCGGUGGUCCUGGCUGUGAAGUCCCACCUCCCUCUGAAUGACAGGCAGUGGCACUACGUGAGGGUGGAGCGUAACAUGAAGGAGGCGUCGCUACAGGUUGACCAGCUUCCUCUCCACUUCCUGGAGGCUCCAGCUGAUGGACACUGCCGCUUACGCCUCAACAACCAGCUGUUUGUAGGGGCAACAGCGUCCCAGCAGAGAGGCUUCCUGGGCUGCAUCAGGACUCUGACUGUCAAUGGUGUGAUCUAUGACCUUGAGGAGAGGGCGAAGAUGACUCCAGGGGUGAGCUCUGGGUGUCCGGGUUACUGCAGCAGCUUCAGCAGCCUCUGCCACAACAGAGGGAGGUGUAUUGAGAAGAGCAGCAGCUAUACCUGUGACUGCUCACAGUCAGCCUACGGAGGACCCAACUGUAAAGAAGAAGUGUCAGUGUCCUUCGACACAGAGUCCUCGGUCACCUUCACCUUCCAGGAGCCCUUCUCAGUGAUGCAAAACAGAAGCUCUCAGACAUCCGGUGUUUCCAGAGAAAGCAGCAGCAGGUCCAGAGAGGACGUGGCCUUCAGUUUCAUCACCUCCCACAGUCCGGCCAUGCUGCUGACUGUCAGCACCUUCAGCCAGCAGUACAUGGCUAUCAUCCUGGCUCGCAACGGAAGUCUGCAGAUCUGGUAUCACCUACAGACACACAGGAAGCCAGACAUGUUCAUUCCCAUCCUCAGCAGCCUGGCAGAUGGACAGCUCCACCACAUCAGAAUCCAUCAUGAGGGCAAAGACCUGUAUGUACAGAUCGACCAGGACAUCCACAGGAAGUACACCAUGUCAUCUGAUGCAGAGCUGAUCUUAAUCAGAGCCUUGACACUGGGCAAAGUCAUCAGAGGAGACAACUGCCUAGAUGAGGUGGUUGAGGCAGGUUCGAGGGGUUUCAUUGGCUGCCUCUCCUCAGUCCAGUUUAAUCACAUGGCUCCUCUGAAAGCCCUGCUGCUGAAUCGAGGGAGCUCAUUGGUCACGGUCCGGGGUCCACUGGUCCAGUCCAACUGUGGAGCCCUGGCAGACUCCAUCAAAUCACACAAUCUGAGAGAUCAAACUGCAACAACGGAUAAAGAGAAGGAGCAGCAUGGCAGUGAUAGCAGACAUGAUGUGGCUAUAAUCGCAGGUGUGUCCACAGCCGUGGUGUUCAUCGUAGUCUGUGUCCUGGCCGUGGUGACCCACCUCCUAUACAGGAGGUGGACCCAGAGGAGCAACAAAAGCAUCAAGGAGAAGGAGCAUUGCCACGGCAACAGGAAAGAGAUUCACAUAAACAACUCACUCAGGGACAACAUGAAGGAGUACUAUAUCUGA